AAACUGUCGAACGUUAGUUAAUCUUCACAGUGAUCAUCAGUACUCGCAACAGAAUGGGAUACGGAGCGCUCAAGGUGGCCUUGUUGAUUGGAGUUUUGCACGGCUCUAUCACACUGGCAGCCGGCAAAUGUGAAGGCGUGUGUGUUAAAAUGGAUGAGUGUGAUAACACUUUCGGAGGAGUUGAUUUCGUAAACUUGAGGUUUGGCGAUGAAGACUAUGUAGAAGCUGAUUGUCCCCAUUACUUGGAGAUAUGCUGUGAUUUGGAGCAUGUUGUUACGACUGCUGCGCCCCCGCCAUCAUACUCUAUGGGAGGCAGUAAUUCUGGAGAAAAGGAUGAUCGCUCUGAUGAGCAUGAUCAGGAAGCAAGGGUUAACCCACCAGAAGCUACUAGUGAAAUCCCUCGUGUGCCCGCCGCGAACGAAGCAUCAAAGGAAAAAAGUUCUGAAGAAGUCAAAUCGGAAAACACAGAGCAACAAGGACGAAGCUCGAGUGAAGUGAUCCAAGAUACUGCCGUUCGCACCGCCGAACAAACAAAGAAAUUCGGAGAGUGUGGAAUGAGAAAUCCUGAUGGUAUCGCCUUCAAGGUUGCAAAUUCCAAAUUCAAUGAAACCGAGUUUGGUGAGUUCCCAUGGAUGGUUGCAGUCCUUCAGUUACAUGCAGCAGAAGAAACAGAGGCUUCGACUUAUGUGUGCGGUGGAUCACUGAUCGCGCCCAACGUAAUUUUAACUGCUGCUCACUGUGUGAUGGAUAAGGAAGCAGGUCAGCUAACUGUUCGAGCAGGUGAAUGGGAUACCAUGACCACCAAUGAAAUAUAUCCUCAUCAGGAACGCAAAGUAUCGUCGAUAAUUCUUCAUCCCAAUUUCAAUCGGAACCUACUUUUCAACGAUGUGGCCUUACUGGUGGUAGAAGAUCCAUUCACGGCUGCAGAAAACGUACAGCUUGCGUGUUUGCCACCACAAGGAAUGGACUUUAGCAGUGCAAACUGUUUUGCCGCCGGUUGGGGAAAGACAGCAUUUGAUGCCCACAGCUACCAUGAAAUCCUCAAAAGAGUUCCUCUACCCAUGGUUCAACGAGCCGAAUGCCAAAAUGCUCUCAGAACUACCAGGCUUGGCAACCGAUUCCGCUUGCAUGAGUCGUUCAUCUGUGCAGGCGGUGAGGAAGGUAUCGACACUUGCACUGGAGACGGUGGAUCUCCCCUUGUAUGCCCAGUUGAAGGCGUUCCGAACAAGUAUUACCAAGCCGGUAUUGUUGCUUGGGGUAUCAAUUGUGGCCAGACUGGUAUCCCCGGGGUUUACGUUCGUACCUGUUCGUACACCAACUGGAUUGACGCUGAAUUGUUGAAACUCAAUUUUGUUUCUGUAGACAAACGAAACAAUAUGGAAAACUGAACGAAAUAUAAUUAUUGAAAUGAA